GGAAAGUUCAGGCCAAGCCCAUGGCUCAGAGCCUCCGCCUAUAAGUUGAUCAAUGGCCUUUACAAGACUUGCUCUCGAUGCUUGGAGCGGAGCCUUUGGACUGGGAGGCACUCUUGCUGAGCUCACAUAUCCGACAUCAUGACUAUCCUUGCCUUGAAAGAAGACCGGCCAACGCCCAAGGCCGUCUACAACUGGAGAGUCUAUGCCUGUGCUGCCACGGCAUCCUUUGCAGCGUGCAUGAUAGGAUACGACUCUGCCUUCAUCGGCACUACUCUGGCCCUCCCCUCCUUCGAAGACGAGUUCAACUUUGCACAAUACACCAAGUCACACCUCACCCUAAUCCAGCAAAACAUUGUUUCCGUCUAUCAAGCCGGGGCCUUCUUCGGAAGUCUGGCGGCAUAUGUCUCCAGCUACUUCCUCGGUCGAAGGAAGUCUCUCCUCGCGUUUGCUGCCUGCUUCAUGGUUGGAGCCGGUAUGAUGCUCGGCGCCUCUGGCAGUCGUGGCCUUGGCCUGAUCAUCGGAGGCCGAGUUCUCGCUGGAUUCGGGGUGGGCGGAUGUUCCAACAUGACUCCUAUCUACAUCUCUGAGCUCGCUCCGCCGGCAGUGCGUGGACGACUUGUCGGUCUGUACGAGCUUGGGUGGCAGAUUGGUGGGCUGGUCGGUUUCUGGAUCACGUACGGCGUCAAUACGACCAUGGCACCUAGCAGGACGCAGUGGCUCAUCCCUUUUGCCGUCCAAUUGAUUCCAGGAGGAAUGCUCUUGAUCGGUGCCAUCUUUAUACCCGAAUCACCACGCUGGCUCUUCUUGAAGGGAAAACGGGAUGAAGCUUUGAAGGUCCUCUGCUGGAUGAGGCAGCUUGACCGGAGCGACAAGUACAUUGUGGAGGAGGUGAGCUUCAUUGAUGAGGAUCUGGAGCGGUACCGCCGAGAAGUUGGGGCCGGGUUCUGGAAGCCUUUCCUGUCUCUGAAAGAGCGCAGAAUUCAGUGGAGAUUUCUGCUCGGAGCUCUUCUGUUUGUCUUCCAAAACGGUUCUGGCAUCAAUGCAAUCAACUACUAUAGCCCGACCGUCUUCCGCAGCAUCGGCGUCCAAGGAACAAACACAAGCUUCCUCACAACAGGAAUCUUUGGAGUCGUAAAAACAGCCUUGACCCUUGUCUGGCUCCUCGUGCUCAUCGACCAUAUGGGUCGCCGCAAGCUUUUGAUGAUUGGUGCCAUGGGUGGCUCGCUCUGUAUGUGGUUUAUCGGAGCAUACAUCAAGAUUUCAGAUCCGGCCUCCAACCAGAGCAACACCAAGCUGUCCUCGGGAGGUAUCGCAGCCAUCUUCUUCUUCUACCUGUGGACGGCGUUCUACACGCCUUCAUGGAAUGGGACGCCCUGGGUCAUCAACUCGGAAAUGUUUGACCAGAACACGCGGUCUCUUGGCCAAGCCAAUGCAGCGGCGAACAAUUGGUUCUGGAACUUUAUCAUUGCCAGGUUCACGCAGCAGAUGUUUGAGGCAUGGGGAUAUGGCGUGUACUUUUUCUUUGCGUCGUUGAUGAUCAUUUCGGUCUUUUUUGUGUUCUUUUGCAUUCCUGAGACGAAAGCGUUGCCGCUGGAGGCUAUGGAUAGGCUCUUUAGGAUCAAGCCGACGUGGAAGGCAAACAGGAUCUUGCUGGAGGAGCUUCGCGCUGAGAAUGAGGAGUUUCAGCAGAGCACGCAGGGGAUUGGGUGGGAUAACGAGAAGGAGACUUCGGCUGAGCAGGUAGAGUGCGGAACGGCGGGAGUGUAG